AUGACUACAACGCGGUUUCAACGUUCAUGAAUUGAAAAUUGUAAAAUGCACACUCAACCCAGCUGUCGCCCCAUUGCACAAGCCAUUAUGUUGUUGUUUUCAGAUCUAUAUAUCCCCAAGUUCACCCAAAGAUCCUCCUUUUUUACCCUUCGAUCUUAAUAUCCCUACUGCGACUGAUUUGCUUCGUUAUUUGGAUGUUUCUUUUGUGGGUUUGUGGAAUUUAAUGCGAUUAUUUGGUUCUCUACUGAAUCUGGGAAGUUUGUGUGAAUUUGGGGAAGUGGAUCAGCUUUUUCAUGGAAAGUUCAAGAGGCAUGAGAGUGGAGAAGAGAGUGUUCGAAGAAAGUGUGGAGGAUCAAGAUGGCGGGAUGCCUCAGUUGAAGAGGCCAAGACUGCCGAGUUUGACUAGUGUAAUUGUGGAAGCUUUGAAGGUGGACAGCCUGCAAAGACUUUGCUCGUCUAUCGAACCUCUUUUCCGGAAAAUUGUAAGUGAAGAAGUGGAACGUGCUUUAACGAAAUCAGGCCAUGCAAAGCUGGCUAGCAGGUCUUCACCACCAAGAAUACAAGGUCCAGAAGGAAAAAGAUUGCAACUUCAUCUCAAAACAAGGAUGCCACCUCAUCUGUUCACGGGUGGAAAGGUAGAGGGAGAACAAGGAGCAGCCAUUCAUGUCAUCCUGCUAGAUGCAAGUACUGGCAAUUUAGUGCAAAUGGGACCAGAAUCAUCGGCCAAACUGAAUGUCGUGGUUCUUGAUGGUGACUUUAAUGAGGAAGCUGAUGAUGAUUGGAGCAAAGAGCAUUUUGAAAGCCAUGAAGUAAGGGAGCGUGAGGGGAAAGGGCCACUUCUGACGGGGGAUCUGCAGUUAAGUCUUAAGGAAGGAGUGGGAACUUUAGGAGAAGUUACUUUCACUGACAACUCAAGCUGGAUAAGGAGCAGAAAGUUUAGGCUUGGUGUCAAGGUUGCUCCUGGAUACUGUGAUGGAGUUCGUGUUCGUGAGGCUAAAACAGAGUCUUUUGCAGUUAAAGAUCAUAGGGGCGAAUUAUACAAGAAACAUUAUCCACCUGCUUUGCAUGAUGAAGUUUGGAGAUUGGAUAGAAUAGCCAAAGAUGGGGCACUGCAUAAAAAGUUGGUAAAGUCUGGAGUCAUAACCGUUGAAGAUUUCCUCAGGGUUCUUGUUCGGGAUCAACAGAGAUUGAGAAAUAUUCUUGGAAGUGGCAUGUCAAAUAGGAUGUGGGAGAACACAGUAGAGCAUGCCAAGACGUGUGUUUUGGGCAGCAAAUUGUACAUUUACUUCGCAGAUGCAAGUAAUAGCAUGGGUGCUGUCUUCAACGACAUCUGUGAGCUUAGAGGCCUUAUUGCCGAUGGGCAGUUCUUCCCAUUGGAAUCCCUUACACACAACCAAAAGAUUUCAGUGGAUUCUUUGGUGAAGAGGGCAUAUGAUAAUUGGCAUCAAGUUUUGGAAUAUGAUGGCAAUUUCUUAACCUCCCUAUCUAUGGAAAAGAGUGGAACAAGGGACCCAGCUGAGGCCAUCUCUGAUCGUGGCAAUGCCACAGUUGUGAAGAACAAGCAGCAGUAUAUCUCCUCGGAGCCAAGUUCAGAACCCCAAACAAAUAACCACCUUUUAAACUCUCAGUUGAUUGAGUUCCCAUUUAUAAGGUCUGAUUCAAUGGGAGACCUGAUGUUGAAUCCCCCACAAGCUGCAUUACUUGGCACAAUGGGCUAUGGAUCAGCUGCAAUGCCAGCAUCAGGUGGCUCUUAUGUUCCAGCAGAAUGGUCGAGGCCGAGGGAUGGACCGGGAUUUGAAGACUUCUCUGAGGAAAUCCGGUUGAGAAGUUCAGAGAUGUUGGAGAGUGAUGACAUGCAAAGACUGUUGAAGACGUACAACAGGGGGGUUGGUGUUGGAAUGGGACCUGCAUUUGGCGACUCUAGUGAAGCUUCCUACUCUUACAAUGCCCCGCUCGAGCAUCAGCUGGAUGGAUCAUACGGGCAGGUUGGAAGAAGUUCAGGAAGGGCUGUUGUGGGAUGGCUCAAGCUGAAAGCCGCUCUGAGAUGGGGUAUAUUCAUCAGGAAGAGAGCUGCAGAAAGAAGAGCUCGGCUUGUUGAACUCGACUUCGACUAAAUCAGUCACUUUGAUCUUUGUGGUAUAUUUCUGAAUGAUGUGUUCAUGGUGUUUUUAUAGAAAUAUGGAAAAGCCAAAACUGGGGAAUGCCCAUUUUUUACACAAGAGAUCUUUAAUCUUCAUCUUCUUUUCCUAUGCCUGUUUCUUGACAAUCAAAGGGCUACUUGUAUCCAAAUCCAAAGGGCCUGAGGGCUUUGUUUUCCUUUC